UGUAACUAGGCAAGAAGAAAGACUCUUAAGCUUCCUUACUUAAGAAGGCAGUCUUAGCUGUCAUAUGGUUUGCUGUGAAAGUGACGGUGUGAAUGAUUCCAUCACAAGCCAAGUUUGUGGUGAACCAGGGGCAAGAAAUAAUGCUAGAAAUCAGGUGUUGGUGUCUGUGCUGUUCUGUUCUGCUGCUGAAGACAGUUCAGAUUCUAGAUAUGUGUGCUGCGCCUGGAUCGAAGACUGCCCAACUGAUUGAAAUGCUGCACGCAGACAUGAAUGAUCCUUUUCCCAAGGGUUUUGUAAUUGCGAAUGAUGUCGACAACAAGCGCUGCUAUUUGCUGGUUCAUCAGGCUAAGAGGUUAAACAGUCCAUGCAUCAUGGUGGUAAAUCAUGAUGCCUCCAGCAUUCCUAAUCUACAAAUAGAUGUUGAUGGAAGAAAAGAGGUCCUCUUCUAUGACAGGAUUUUAUGUGACGUCCCCUGCAGUGGAGAUGGAACCAUGAGAAAAAACAUUGACGUGUGGAAGAAGUGGACAACACAAAACAGUUUACAGCUCCAUGGAUUGCAGUUAAGAAUUGCAACCCGUGGUGUUGAACAGCUGGCAGAAGGUGGGAGAAUGGUGUAUUCCACGUGUUCGUUGAACCCCAUUGAAAAUGAAGCUGUGAUCGCAUCUCUGCUGGAAAAGAGCCAAGGUGCCUUAGAACUUGCUGAUGUCUCUUCUGAGUUACCAGGUUUGAAGAGGAUGCCAGGAAUUACAAAGUGGAAGGUAAUGCUGAAAGAUGGACAGUGGUUCGAAGAGUGGAAGGACGUGCCUUCAAAUAGACAAACACAAAUACGUCCCACUAUGUUUCCUGUAAAAGAUGAAGAAAAGCUAAAGGCAAUGAAUCUAGAGCGUUGUCUUAGGAUAUUGCCACAUCAUCAGAACACAGGAGGUUUCUUUGUGGCUGUGUUAAUAAAAAAAUCACCAAUGCCAUGGAAUAAAAGCCAGCCUAAGGUUCAUCAGAAAUUACCACAAAGAACAGGAGAUGCUGAAGUGACAGCAAUCAAUUCAGAUAAUGGUUCUGAACCUAUUACUGAAGAACCAACACUUGAUGAAAAUGAAGAGUCUAAGAAAAAGCAAGAAUUGCAGAAUUCAGACACUGAACAAAGCAAAAAGGAAGGAGUAUGUGGACCGCCACCAUCUAAAAAAAUGAAAUUGUUUGGUUUUAAAGAAGACCCUUUUGUGUUUCUCCCUGAAGAUGAUCCAUUGUUCCUUCCUAUCCAGAAGUUUUAUGCAUUGGACCCAUCAUUUCCCAAGAUGAAUUUACUAACCCGAACUCAAGAAGGAAAGAAGAGACAGCUGUACAUGGUUUCUAAGGAGCUAAGGAAUGUGCUUCUGAACAACAGUGAGAAGAUGAAGGUUAUUAACACAGGGAUAAAAGUCUGGUCUCGCAACAGUGAUGGGGAACAGUUUGGAUGUGCAUUCAGAUUAGCACAAGAGGGAAUUUAUACUCUGUACCCAUUCAUUCAUGCGAGGAUUAUAAAUGUCUGCAUAGAAGAUGUUAAAAUUCUGCUAACCCAGGAAAAUCCAUUCUUAAGUAAAUUUAGCAGUGAAACACAGAAGAAAGUCAAAGACAUGGCGACGGGAAGUAUAGUUCUGAAGUACGACCCAGACCCUGCAAAACCUGAUGAUCUUCAGUGCCCUAUAGUGCUGUGUGGUUGGCAAGGAAAGACAUCACUCCGUGCCUUUGUGCCCAAGAAUGAGAGACUUCAUUACCUGAGGAUGAUGGGAGUUGAAGUGUUUAAAGCAAAGAGGAAAGAGGAGGAAUCGCAAAAUAAAACGGGGGAAGAAGUUCAACAUAGGCUGGCGCAAACAGAGGAAGGAAUGGAUGUGGAAGAUAAAGAACAUGAUUUAGUCACAAAAAUGGAAGCAGAAAUAGGUGAAAAAUCUUCCCACAGUCCUGUGGAAAACAGUGCUAUGGAGGUAGAAAAUAAAAUUGAGGAUUUAGAUCAAUCUGGAAGAAAUGCCAAUAGUCAUGUAAUCCAGGAAAGCAAAGACACAGAUACAAGUAAUAUGAAAGAUUAGGUUUCUUUCUCUAUUACUUGGCAGCUUCUAUGAGGCUGACAUCCAGACUUGUGCUUUUAGCAUGGAAGUGUAUUUUAAAAUUUCAGUUGGAAUGGGAUGUUCCUCUUUUAAAGUUUCACCUAUUUUAUUUUUUAAGUGAAAACUAUAUAUAAAGAGAUUUCUUUUCAAGUGUGUCUUCUUUUUACCAUUUUAAGCUCCGUAUUACUGGUGGGUUUCUGUGUCUGUUGCUGGCAACAGACCAUGCACCAAUAAAAGCUAAAGCCCAUAUUUGAAAUGGAAUAGUGGUAUGUACAAACGAACUACCUGUGUAACUGGUCAGGAAUUCCUUCAGAAGAAAAAACUUGUUCCAUUCAAGACACAUUAGUUCUAGAAGAACAUUUUUUCUCUUAAUAUUACUUACCCCAUCUACCACCCAGUCUGAUGACUACUUACAGAAGUUCUUAAAUGGGUAAGGGAAUCAGUGUGAGUAUGCAUACAAAUGCAUGUAUAGGAUAAAUAACUGACAACCUGGUUAAUAAAAUCAUGCAUCUGGAAACAAAAAUGCGGAAUGCAUUUUGCCAGAGACUGAUGUCUGAAAUUCUUCAGAGUGACGAAUUGCUUGACAGGCACAGCUAGUAAAUGUCAUUAACUAGAUCAUCGGCUAUGCUGAGCAUGCCUCAGACUUGUACCUUGAAAUGUGCCUGUUUUAAAAGCCUGUGACUGUCCCUCAAAUCUGCUGCAGUCAUCUGUUUCUCCAUCAUUUCUUCAGGUGGGAGUCAUCUCUAAUUUUUGCAACAUACUUGUUUAUAGCUGAAAUAACAGUUGUAAAAACCCUGUGGAGGUAUAAAUACUGUUGUAUAGUAGACCUUUAAAAGAGCUUAUUUAGGUGCAGAAGGUUAAUUUACCUAAUCUGCCUUAAAAAAAAAUAGUUGGCUACCUCAGAAACUUGUAAAUUCCAUCCUUUGUGGCUUAGUUUCAGCGGUACUCUUUGUACUUGUAUCAAGUGGACCUGAAAGGAAGGUAACUCAUGGUACAAAGUAUUGUCCUUUUCUAGGACAAUGCCAAUCACAUGGUUAUGCAAAUAUUUGUGUUGCUUGUCAAACUGAGUUUCACCAUGUUUAUUUUUACUGAUGACGUCCUAAUGUGGCUCGGAUCCAUUUGCUGUACCUUGUUACAGCAGACUUUCUGAUGCUUGCCCUUGAACUACUUCAUCAGAGGGAGUAUUCUUGAGGGAGAGAUGUAAAAGUGAAAUAAUGCCAUGUCCUCUGAUGAGAUAUUAGUCUCAUGCAGUGAAGACCCAUUGCCAGGACUCAUUUUCCUCUUGAGAGUCUGCAAAAUAGGUUAAUAAAACAUCAGUCCUUGCCCUUGUACUUUGCUAAGGUUUGAGUUUGUUCUUUGAAUUGGGAGCUACAAUUGGACAGGUGCUUUUUUGGCAGCUCCUUAGGCUGAAGAGCAACAUAGGAGAAAUUUUUUUUGAAUCAAGGUGUAUGCAAAGUACAAUUUCUAAUUCCGACAAGUAUAUGAGGAAAAAAAUAAUAGUAACUUCAAGCAUGAAACAUAAUGUUGGUUUUCAUAUCAUUGCAUUUGUUCUGGCAUUUGAAGUGGAAGACCAGUAUCAUUUUUAAGUCCUCAUUGCCAUCACAAUCUGCAGUACUCAACCCUGAGGAUGACUUGAUUUUAAUCCAUCUAAUCUUUUUACGCUGUAAUGAUCUUCCUAAAUUACUAGAAGGUCAAGUAAUGAGUAAAACUCAUGUGAAGAAACCAGAAUUAGAUUUUGAAUUGUGCCUGUAUCUACUGAUGCCCCUGAGCAGCAGUUUAAGCUUUGUCUCGGUCAGUGGCUCUGCUAAGGAUACAAGUUUAUGACAAGUUAAGCUGAUAAGAAUACUCGUUGAUACGGACAAUCCAGACAAAUCAGCAAAAGCUAAGAACUUUAUAGAAAAUUAACAGUCCUGAUUUUUUUUUGACUGAGCUUACCACUGGCAGACUAAAAUGAGAGUAGAAAGCUUUUAUCUGGGAGGAAAAGUAGGUUAUUGGAUCAUAAACUGACUGGAAUUGGGUAUAACUUAGAAUAAGAGCCCACAUCUGCAUCAUUUUAAAUCCUUUGAAUAGUUCCAUUGUCCUGCAUUAUCUACGACAUUUUUUUGGAGGGUUUUUUUUUGUUUUCCUGUCAAGUGCAAGUGGGAGAUUUCAUCAGGAAGCUGGGAGGGCAAUUUUCUUGUGCUGAUGAGCAGUUUUACUCCUUAUC